GCUGGCCUGUGCUUGGGUAGAGAGACCGCUCUUCUCACCAGUUCUCAUUCCUGAUCCUCCCAGCUUCUGGAUCUCGGGCUUUGGCUUUGUGCCGAUGCACCAACACGCCUACUGUCAUCUCUCCGACUGAUCUCUGAUCUCCGGGUUCCUGCUCCUAUCUCCUGGAACUAUGUCUCUGGUAAGCCAGAAUGCGCGACAUGGCAGCACAGAGACCACUGCAGGUUACAGCGACGGCCGGGGUGAAAUGCAGGCAACUAACGCCUCCGGGCCUCCCACCUCCAUCCUAGUACCUGAUAUUCCCCAGGGCCUCCAGGCAUCAAUCAACCCUCAAGGUGCCAGCGCCUCCCAGGCUGCUCAGGACUCAACUGAUCUCGAGGUCCUGAUCGACGAGCAGUCCCGACGUUUGGGGGCGCUCAAGGUCCAUGACCCUUUAGAAGACAGGUCGAUUGCUUUGGCGAAUUUCAUGCAAAUGAAAAGCCAAACUGAGGGGUCCAUCCAGCAGUCAGAGAUGCUGGAAUUUCUGAGAGAAUAUUCAGAUCAGUACCCUGAGAUCCUCAGACGAGCCUCAGCUCACCUGAACCGGGUCUUUGGGUUGAACCUGAGAGUUCUUGAUCCCCAAGCUGACAUCUACAACCUAGUCAGCAAACAAGGUUCCCAAACCACUGAUCAGAUAGCAGAGUCCCUGGACAUACCAAAGGUAGGUCUCCUGGCACUGGUCCUAGGCCACAUCCUCCUGAAUGGCAACCGGGCAAGAGAGGCCUCGAUUUGGGACCUGCUGCUAAAAGUUGAUACGUUCGAUGAGCCUCAGAGGAUCAACAAUUUCUUUGGGAAUACAAAGAACCUCCUCACUACUGACUUUGUACGUAUGCAAUUCUUGGAGUAUUGGCCGGUGUAUGGCACUAAUCCCCUCGAAUUUGAGUUCCUGUGGGGCUCUAGAGCCCACAGGGAAAUCACCAAGAUGGAAGCCCUUAAGUUUGUGGCAGAGGCCCAUGAUAAAGAACCCUGGAGCUGGCCAGAAGAAUAUAACAAGGCCCUGGAAGCUGACAAAGCCAAAGAAAGAAGUCACGCUGCUGGUUUAGAGUUCUGGUCAGAGGAUAUUAUGAAUGAUAAGGCAAAUGAUUUGGUCCAGUUGGCCAUUAAUGUCACUGAGGAGUUGUUGCCUAUACAUCAGGAUGAGCUAUUAGCUCACACUGGCAAAGAAUUUGUGGAUGUGUUCCCAAAUAUCCUCAGUCGAGCUACUCUAAUCCUUGAUCUGUUCUAUGGGUUCUCUCUGAUUGAGGUUGAUACCAGUGAGCACAUCUACCUCCUUGUCCAGCAACCAGAAUCGGAAGAAGAACAAGUGAUGCUAGAGAACCUGGGAAGCCCUACUGAAGAAUAUGUGAUGCCGAUACUGGGUUUGAUCUUCCUGAUGGGUAACCGUGUCAAAGAGGCCAAUGUUUGGAACUUGCUUCAGAGAUUUAGUGUGUAUGUAGGGAGAAAGCAUGCCAUCACCUGUAGGCUUAUGAGACAACGCUACUUAGAAUGCAGGCCAUUGUCCUACUCUAAUCCAGUUGAAUAUGAGCUUCUAUGGGGUCCUCAAGCUUACCUUGAAACCACCAAAAUGAAAGCCUUGGAGCACAUGGCCAGGCUCUACAAAAAGCGACCACAGGACUGGCCUGAGCAAUAUAGGGAGGCUGUGGAAGAUGAGGAGGCCAGAGCCAGAUCCGAGGCAACUGCCACAUUUUUUUUUGGCCCUAUGUGACAUCUAGGGAAGAUGUAUCACUUAAUUUGAGUGGCAUCAAUUAAAAGGUUCUUGGGAAAAUAGGCACUGGGGCCACAAAUCAUAAGUCAAGGAAGAUUGGGGGUGGAGACUACCCAUUGUGCUUGCUGUUUGUGUCCCACUUCUAAUAGUAUUUCCUUCUUUUUAAUAUGCUCUUGGAUUAGGUUAAUGAUCAAUGUUUAUAAGUGAAAUUGCUCGUUUGCAUUCCUGUUUUGUUUAGGUAUAAAAGUUCAGAUAGCUGUGUAAAAUAUAUUGGCAAUACUCACAUCUUUGAUAUAAUUAGUAAAAUGAUUUGGUACAGGAGUUAAACAACAAUAACAACACACACACACCAAAAACAAACACAAAAUUACUUAUCUAUAGUUCCCCUCCCUUUGUGUUUAUAUGUAUUAAUGACUGACAUUUACCUGUAUUUGCUUUGGUAUUCCAAAGUGUAGUGAAAAAUAAAAGAAUAAUGAA